AUUGUUGGAACUUUUUUUUUCUUUUUUUCCAGCCAAGCCUCAGUUUUGAGAAGAUCUUGCUUCAAUGCAGGACCAGCAAGUGUAAAAUUUAUCACUUGGGUGUCAAGAAUUUCAGUCUUUGCUUCCAAAACAGACCGGCAGUCAGGGGAGUACAAGUAGGUGGAGCAGGGCCCGACACCCUUUUUUUUCCUUUUUUCUUUUCUAGUAAAGCACUGCAUUGAGGGUGCUGCCAUUCUAAUUUACUAAUGCGGCCUUUUCAAUGAGGCUUUUCAGACUUUUAGAACGAAAUCUUAGUAUGUGAAUCUCAUCAUCUCAGGUUUGAGUUUUACACAAGGAUGCUAAGAAGAAUCCAGAAAAAAGUUACGCUUCACUUGUGGGAAUUCUUGUCUUAGGCUGACAUGGGGAAUGCCUGAAAGUUAGUGAACAAGUGCAGCAGGGACAAAACACGGCAUUAUGCCAACUGCAAUGAUCGUAACGGCGCUAAUGUGUUUUUUGGUGCAAAGCCUCAGAAGCUUGGCACUGGAUGCGACAUGCUGGGGAGACCGAGUGUCAGGAGGAAGAAACAGCAGCUGCAUGGCCCAUUCAUCGCCGAGAGAAGGACCAGCACAAAAGCUAUUUGUUGCUAAGGGACUGAUGUUUCAUCCAGAAACAUCGCCCCAUUACACCGAUUUACAGCCUUUCCUGAUAUUCGGCCAUGGGAAAUCGAUUCAUCGCAUGGGCCUCGAUGGGAGGAGCCACAGAAGGCUCGUGGCCGGCGUGGGAAGCUCCACCCUGCUCGACUUCCACUUCAAAGAGGAGAAACUUUAUUGGGCCGACAAGCAAACAGGUGUCGUCUACAAAGCGUCUGUGAAAGAGGCCCACAGACAGAAAAUUUAUUCAAAUGACAAACACAUCUCAGGGCUAGCAGUGGACUGGAUUUGGAACAGUUUGUAUUUAACAAGCAGGAAGAAGGGGGAAAUAAAGCAAAUAGACCUGAAUGGAAAAAACGAGAGAACGAUCUUAAGGCACUUAAACCACCCAAGUUCUAUAACCGUUGCUCCGACUAACAGGUUUUUGUUUUGGCUGAGUUCGGGGACGACUUCAAGAAUCCAGCGCUCUGAUCUCUCGGGGCAAAUGAAAACAACCCUAAUAGAAUUAACAGAGGAUGUGACGGCACUGUCAGUCGACAGAGAAGACAAAAGGCUGUUCUGGGUUCAGUUUGGUUUGGGAGGAGAAAGUGCYGUCGCUUCUUGUGACUACACUGGGAACGCCAUGCACAUCAUGGACCUGCCACUUAGGUCUCGGUCACUUGGAUUAUCAGUUUUUCUGGACAAUAUAUACUACACUGAUGCUGAAUCGCACACCAUAAAACAAGUAARCAAGUACACUGGUGGACAGCCAGAGGCUGUUAAUAUUAAACAAAUGGCAAAACCUCCUGUUGAUGUCAAAGUGGUGCACCCUCUUGUCCAGCCAACGGCAGACCCUUCCUCACUGUUUCCUGGCUGCGAUGAACAAAGUGGGAACUGUGUGAACGUCUGUUCCCAUGAAGCAGAGCGAGGGGUUUGUCGGUGCAGUGAGGGGUUUGCUCUGAGUAAGCACGGCGCUUAUUGUGAAGAUGUAAAUGAAUGCGCCCACUGGAACCACGGCUGCUCUCUUGGCUGUGAAAACACCCCAGGCUCUUAUUUCUGUACCUGCCCGAAAGGAUACGCUCUCCUACCAGACAGGAAGACAUGCCGAGAAAUAAUACAAUGUGAACACAACAACACACAAUGUGGCCAUGGCUGCCUGCAGUCAGAAAACGGUCCUGUCUGUGUUUGUCCUGAAGGAUCUGUCCUACGGGAGGAUGGGCAAGCAUGCACCGGCUGCUCCUCAGCAGACAGGGGUGGGUGCAGUCAGCUCUGCACCCCCGUCACCCCCAGUAGGUGGCAGUGUGGUUGUCUCCCUGGCUACCAGCUCCACCAAGAUGGCAAACGCUGCAUUGCAACCGGGCUUCCAGCCUUUCUAAUAGUUGCCAAUCUGGUAGAUGUGAGAAGAAUAAACCCUGAUGGCACUGAKGAUCAAAUCUUAUUGAAGGAGCCCAGAGGAACAAUCUUAGCUUUGGACUAUGAUCCUGUCCAGAACCAAGUGUACUUUGCCAGUAUAAGUAAGAAGACAAUAGAACGGGUUGAUCUGAACAUUGGGUCAAGAGAAGUUCUCGUCUCGGAUGGUUUAGACUGUCCAGAAGGCCUGGCAAUUGACUGGAUCCACCGCAGGAUGUACUGGACCGACAAAAGAAGAUCAGCUGUUGGCUGCAGCGAUCUCACUGGCCUGAACAAAGACACAGUUGUGAGUGAUGGAGUGGAGAAGCCCAGAGGAGUCGCAGUUCAUCCUCAAGCAGAAAAGUUAUUCUGGACAGAUAUAGGGCACCUUCCCGUGGUCGAAUGUGUCACUYUGCAAGGGGCUGAUCGGACUGUGAUUGCAAGCACCAACCUUGUGUCACCCACCGGCCUGACUAUCGAUUUUGCCGACAAUCGAUUGUUCUGGUGCGAUCAAAAGAGGGGCCUGAUAGAGUCGGCUGCCUUGGACGGUUCGGAUCGACGGAUCCUGUUAGAGAACCAUGUAGAUGUUGACGAGUGCAAACUUGGAACACAUAACUGUGACAAACAUGCAGAAUGUCAAAACAUCGUAGGGGAGUUCCUGUGCAAGUGCCACACUGGUUAUUAUGGCAAUGGGCAGACAUGUCAAGAGUUAGACACUACAUCACCAUGGAUGACGUCUCCCAGUCCUGUUGAUGUAACCACCCGGCGCCACAGCAGUAACUCAGCGGAGAGGUGUCCCUCCAGCCAYGAAUCUUACUGUCUGUAUGAGGGGAUCUGCUUCUACCUUCCCGACAUGGAGUCCUACGCCUGCAAUUGCGUACCAGGCUACAUUGGGGAGCGUUGUCAGUUCAGUGACCUGGAGUGGUUGGAGCUUCAGCAGGCUGAAAAGGAAAAGAGGACUGUUGUGAUUGCGGGCUGCGUGGUGGUGCUCGUCUCCCUGCUCUCCAUCACCGCCUGCGUCACCUUCUGUUUCAGAAGCAGAAGACGCCUACAUAAGCAGACCUCAGUGGAUAAUGUGAGUGAAAUCAGUGUGACAGAUGCGAGCAUGUUGGAGACCAUCACCACCAGGGAUCCUCAGUACUACAUGGUUGCAGAAAAUGAUGUAAAAGAAAACGUCAUCUCUCCAAGAAGAGCUGCCAGUUCUCCUUGCUCUUCAGAAACAGGCACCAACCAUUCAUCUGAAGAAUCAGAAAUGUCCAAACACAACAGAGGGUACGAGUGUCCGUUAGUGUCGGCCGCUGCCACAGAAACCAUACAGCCACCUGACCAUCCCUUCAGCGCAACACCGGAUCAUUUUUCAUCCGUUGGGCCGCCAACACCCCCUCAGACUCCCAGCCCUGAAUCCUCUUCUUCUUAGCCCCGUGAAAUAAAUAUACGUAAUAAAAUACAGCUGUACAGACUGUCAUACAGUUCUAUAGAUUGUUUCAAGCUAUUGUAAACACUGUUUUGUUGUUAAAAACAUGGUCCUCUCAUAGACAGAAAACAGUUAAACUUUAUUAAUACAAGUGUUUUUUUUUUUUUUUUUUUUUUUUUUUUUUUUUGGGGGGGGGGGGGGGCGUCUUUUAUUUUCCCCCAAUGACACCUCAUUGUAGAACUUAUGUGUUUUUUUUAUUGACAAAAAAAAAAAAGAACUUAUGUGU